AUGAUAAUAAUAUUAAUUUUCCUUGCCGUUAGAAAGCAUAUCAAGCUGGUUGUAGAAUUGUUCAAGCAGGCCGGAAAAGCCAUUAGAUGCAUGCCCUUCCUAUUGCUUCAUCCGUUAAUGACAGUAGCAUUUCUUGGAGGAGUAUUUGGAGCACUGACGUUUAUCUUUCUGUACAUUGAAACAGCAGGGAUACCGGAAGUGGACCAAGCCACUAAAACCGCUCAGUAUAAACCAGACAAACUCCUAACAGUAUUAAAGUGGUAUUAUAUUUUUGGCAUUAUCUGGAUUCUCCAAGUUAUCCUAGCGUGUCAUAAGAUGACUAUAGCAGGAGCUGUUGUGAGAUGGUAUUUCACAAGAGACAAGAAGAAAUUGUCGUUUCCAGUUGUACGGUCCAUGUGGAAUAUAAUCAGAUUCCACUUUGGCUCGAUAGCACUAGGGUCCCUGAUCAUAACCUUCGUGAUGUUUAUAAGGAUGGUGCUAUCUUUUAUAGAAAACAGGUUACGAGGUAGAAGUCACCCAGUUGCAGUAUUUCUGCUGAAAUGUUUCAAAUGUUGUCUUUGGUGCUUUGAGAAGUUUCUGAAAUUUCUCAAUAAUAACGCUUACAUCGAAAUUGCUAUACAUGGGCACGGAUUUUGCAAGGCAGCUCGCCAGGCGUUCCAUGUUAUUUUGAACAACACGCUAAGGCUUGCUGCCAUCAACUCGGUGGGAGAUUUUGUUCUAUUUAUUGGUAAAAUUGCCACAGUGGCUGCUGUCACAGUUGUGGGUAUUGAAGUUAUUUCGGUACGAAAAAGCAUACAUUUUGUUUGGUUGCCAGUCACUUUGACGGGAAUAUUUGCGUACUUGAUAGCAGGUUGUUUCAUGUCGGUGUAUGAGAUGACAGUCGAUACCAUCUUUAUAUGUUUCUGCGAGGACACGAUGAUGAAUGACGGAGAUACAAGACCAUAUUUUAUGAGCGUUGGAUUAAGGAGAUGUAUGUCAGCCGGACUCAAAGUCGAAAAAUCAAAACCCGAAGAAGUUGGUGAUAAGAUGAUGCAAGACAAUAAGAUGCAACAAAAAUAAAAUUUUGAACAUUGUUUAUGCCAAUAAGUUAAACACAUGCCUAAAUCAUUCUGUGACAUUUGUCUCUUUCUGUUUGUAACAGGUGUGUUUUUAAAAUGAACUGGACUGUUGGUUUUGUAUCUACAUCCUCUCAAUUUCCAAAACAUUGUCUAAUGUGUAAAAUGAUACAUUUACGUACCUUUAUUUCAAUGGAAACAUACAUCUUGUACAAAUACAUACUGAACUGGA